UGUUAUCAGCCACAAAAAAGCAAGGCAUAAAACAAUUUUUAAAUAAUUCGGUUGCAACGGUUAAAUGCACAAUUAGUGUUCUUCCGUUGAAAAAUCUCGAAAAAUAGAGCCCGACAAUCGAGUGUUUCAAAUAUUGUGCAAAUAUCCAGAUAGGAGAAAGAGAAAAGUGCAUUAAAGCUGCUGCUGCUGGCGCGGUCGUUGUUGCAGGCGUAGAGUCAAUUCCAAUUUUCUUUCGACCAAAUCGCGUUGCAACAGAAGGAAGCCAACGCCACGAACGGUGGUGUGGCGACAGGAACCAGUUAAAUCUAACGAAUUUCAAGCUAGGAAAGAGCUAUAACUAAUCGACACAAUGGGUCUCAAAGGCUGCUGUUCGUGCGUCAAAUAUCUGAUGGUCCUUAUAAACAUUUUAUUUUGGCUCAUUGGACUGAGCAUUGUGAUCACAUCCGUUUGGAUGCUGACGGAUCCCACAUUUAUGCUGUCGAUGACACAAUCCUAUAAUCAUUACCAUAUAGCACUCUACGUUUUCCUGGGAAUUGGCAUAUUGAUCACUCUGGGCGCGUUCUUUGGCUGCUGGGGCGUUUGUCGAGAGUCGCAGUGUCUGCUGGUAUCGUUCUUCUGUGUGAUACUCAUUGUGAUGGUGGCACAAAUCGCAGCUGGUGCCUGGGCCUUCCACAACAAAGACAAGCUGGACGAUAUUGUGCGAGCGGCGGUAAAAUCUUCAGUGCAGGAGGAGUACGGCCAAUCCACCAUGAGUUCCCGCACGGUUACCUUUGACACGCUUCAGAAGAAUUUGAAGUGCUGCGGUGCAGAUGGACCUGGUGACUGGGCCACGAGUCGAUUUAAUAAUGUGGAUCGCACUAAUAUUGUGGAAAUUGCCGUGUCUUCCAUGAAUGUAUUUUACAACAUACCUGAGUCCUGCUGUAAGGAGGACCUCAAGGAUAACGAGUGCGAACUGUCGCGUCGCUUGAAGUUUGGUGGCCCCUUGAAUACGGCCAUCUACCAGCAGGGCUGCGUUGAUAAAAUGAUUGAGAUCAUUUACGAGAAUUGGGUCAGCAUUUUUGCCAUCACUAUUGCUGUCAUACUGUUGGAGCUGCUGUCGCUGACCUUUGCCCUGAGCCUGUGCUGUGCGGUGAGGAAUCAGCACUACAAGGCCUGAGAAUUACAGAACUCCCAUAGGGAAAUCACAGACGAUGAGAAGUAGUAACAAACCAAAUAGAAACGGAUGCAUAGCAAGCAUUAAUGAGAGAGACAGAGGACAAGCGAAUGGG